UUUGCAUUGGAGAAGCCCUCUUUAAUUCAUCACAAACGCCAGGAAGUAAGCUGCCGUCAACCACAAGUUGUGCUUCCAUACCACUCCCCUCUCAUAACAGGACACUUUUGAUGCAAGGCAGUAAUCACCCACACUCCGCUAGCAUGUCUGAGGUCACUGGAGAGAUCAAGCAGAUUGCGUGCGGCCGCCGCAAGCCAAACAUGACGCGCAAAGAGUACAAUGACCACCGCUUCCGUGUCCACGGUGCCCUCAGCGACGCCGAAGAAGCAUCACCACACAAAUAUAUCCAGACGCCCAUCUUCGACGCAGCGUUCGGUGCGCGCCCCGGCGGCUUGAACCUCAACCAUGCCUGGGUGGGCCGUGACGACGUUACAGAACUCACAUUCCGUGGUUGGGACCACCUGAAACAGGUCUUUAGCAGCAACUGGGUGAAGACAAAAGUCGGGCCUGACGGACCACUUUUUGCUGAUUUUGAAACCACGAUGGCAUUGCUUGCGACCGAGGAACCGGUGCCGCUUCCUUAUGAGAUGAAGCCUACCGCGGAUGAUGGCUUCGCGACGGUAGCAACGUACUUUCUGGCGACACCGGACAAUGAGCGACAUGGUGGUGCGGUUCAAGAUAAGGUGCAGACACUCCUUGUCCGGGCGCUGAGCGAGAAUACCAGGCAGGAAGUGUAUAAGGUUGAGGUUAAUGUGGGCAUUACGAGCAUGUAUAAAUUGUUUAUGAAGAGCGCGGCUUCGGUCCCGUAUGUUCGGAAGGCACAGGCAAGAUUUGAGAGUCUAGCUAGGGAUGCACUGGAUUUCUCUACCUCUUUUAUUGUAUUUGGAAAAGAAGCCCUCGUUCUCGAUCACGGCAGAGGUAUCGGGUUUGAUCCCAAACGCCAACCUAUGUUUGACGACACAGAAUAUUUCAAUGCUGUGUCACAUCUUGACAUGAAGUAAUCAGAUGUUCAGUAAAAUGGUGAUGGCCUGUUUCGGCCUUUUUUGCCUUCUAAAAAAAUAUUAUUAGGAACUAGCUAUAGGAAAUCG